AUGAUCAAAGUCGCAAUUGUUGGCACGAACGGGCUAGCACAGUACAUUGCAAACUCCCUGGCUACUCAAACAUCACACCAAUUUGUCAUCUUGUCUAGAAGGCCUAGUCCAGGACUAACCGCAAAAGGCUGGCAGGUGUUGCAGGUAGACUACUCCAACCCGGCGGACCUGAGAUUCAAGCUGGCUGGAGUGGACACAGUCGUCUCAACGAUCAGUGGUAACCCCCAGUUGGCAGUGAUUGACGCAGCAGCUGCGGCACAUGUUCGACGCUUUGUGCCUUCAGAGUUUGGCGGACCUCCUUCCUUGCGUCCUCAGAACGACCUCCUCGACAAUGGUCGUCGAGCAGCGAUCCUCCGACUGCACCAACACGAGGCCUCGGGAAUGAAGUUUACAAUCUUCACAUGUGGUAUCCUCUACGAAAGAUUCGCUCCGGGUGGGAUGGCCGCGUCUCAGAUCGGCCUAAACAGCAGUAUUAGCCAAGAGGGAGAAUUCCUGAUGGACUUUAGACGCCGACGAGCACAAAUUCCAUACCUCAACGCAUCAGGGCAGCCUGCCACAGUCUGCAUGACCUCAGCACACGAUGUUGCCAGGUUCGUUGUUGCUGCGCUGGAUCUCCUUUCGUGGCCACGUGAGUUCAGGCUGCGAGGCGAAAGAAUGAGUGUGAGAGACGUUGUUGCCAUUGCCGAAGCAAUUCAAGGACGGUCCUUUGAGAUCUCGGGCUUCACGAGGACUUCAUUGCAAGAUUCCAUAACAUACGCUCGAGCAGUUGGCGACCGUGCUCGAGAAACCCGUUUGCACCACCUCAUCGCCACGGCUGAGAACCGCUAUGAUUUUGUCAAUACAAACCUCAAUCAGCUGGUAUCUGUUCAACCGGAGAGAUUUCGAGACUACCUGAUUCGAGUCUGGUCUUCAGCUUCAUAA